UUCUCUGUCUGUAGCCCAGUAAGCGCUGCAGGAAGGGGGCAGGGUUGGCGCUUUUCCUUUGCCUGUUUUACCAUCACAAUUUGCUGAAUCACACAAACUGUUCCGCAUUGUCAAAACUUUGUAGACAGAUCGCAGUGGAUUUCAGUCCGUGGACACACAGCGCGACAUUCCCCCGCCGUCAGCUAGAGAAGGUGUCUGUCCCCUUCCGCACAACUCUUCAUGGCGAAAACACCUUUCUUUUUCACUUCUGCCUUCUGUCACCUACAGGAGCACCGCUCGCGAGUCACAUGCUUUUAAAAGUUUGCCUUUCAUGUGAAUGUACAGGACUCAUCUGAGAUAUGAAGCUCAGCAGACAGUUCACAGUUUUUGGCAGUGCCAUAUUCUGUGUUGUGGUAUUUUCAUUGUACCUGAUGUUGGAUCACAUAGAUCAUAGCAAAAACCCAAAUGGAGAGAUAAUUCAAAAGGGUCAGCUUGGUAUUCUGCAGGACAAAAUAGACCACUUAGAAAGACUACUUGCAGAGAACAAUGAGAUCAUUGCCAACAUCAGAGACUCUGUAAUUAACCUGAGGGACACUGUGAAAGAUGGGAAAAUGUUUCCUGAAGGGAACAUGAGUCAGGGGAACUGGGAAUUGCUGCCCCCUGCUCCUGCGCUGCUCCCUAUCCACUCAGAGGACUGCCAGUUUGCAGCACAGACCUACUCCAAGGCAGCGGAUGGAGUACAGAUGCUGGAUGUUUAUGAUUUACUCCGCUUUGAUAACCCUGAUGGUGGAGUAUGGAAACAAGGCUUUGAUAUCUCUUAUCAGGACGAUGAAUGGGACAAUGAGCCACUCCAAGUAUUUGUUGUGCCCCAUUCACAUAAUGACCCUGGCUGGCUGAAGACAUUCGAUGACUACUAUAAAGACCAAACGCAACACAUUCUCAACAACAUGGUGGUGAAAUUGCAUGAAGACAGACGGCGAAAAAUGAUCUGGUCUGAGAUCUCGUAUUUUUCCAAAUGGUGGGACAACAUCGAUGAGCAGAAACGAGAUGCUGUCAGGAGGCUGAUAGAGAGCGGUCAGCUGGAAGUGGCUACAGGAGGCUGGGUGAUGCCUGACGAAGCCAACACUCACUACUUUGCAUUGAUAGAUCAGUUAGUUGAAGGUCACCAGUGGUUGGAGAGAAAUUUGGGAGUGAAACCCAAGACUGGCUGGGCUGUGGAUCCAUUCGGUCACUCUCCUACCCAGGCUUACCUGCUGAGACAAGCCGGUCUAUCUAACAUGCUGAUCCAGAGAGUCCACUACUCAGUGAAAAAACACUUCGCCUCUCAGAAGACCCUGGAGUUCUUCUGGAGACAGAACUGGGAUCAGGACUCAAGUUCAGAUAUUUUGUGUCACAUGAUGCCAUUUUACAGCUACGAUGUUCCUCAUACAUGUGGUCCUGACCCAAAAAUCUGCUGCCAGUUUGACUUUAAAAGGCUGCCGGGAGGAAGAAUCGGCUGUCCAUGGAGAGUUCCUCCUCAGGCUAUCACAGAUAACAAUGUACAGGAGAGAGCUCAGACGCUAUUGGACCAGUACAGGAAGAAAUCCAAACUUUUUCGGACCAAUGUGCUGCUGGCACCACUUGGAGAUGAUUUCCGUUACACUGAAGCUGUUGAAUGGGACCAACAGUUUGAAAACUACCAGAAACUCUUUGACUACAUGAAUUCUCACCCUGAGCUUCAUGUCCAGGCCCAAUUUGGAACUAUUUCAGAUUAUUUCGAGGCCUUGCGUAAAAGCACUGGCAUGGAUCCGGUUGGCAUGAAUGUCGGCCAGUUGGCUUUGCCUGUGGUAAGUGGAGACUUUUUCACUUAUGCGGAUCGAGACGAUCACUACUGGAGCGGAUACUUCACCUCACGGCCGUUCUACAAACGACUGGACAGAGUGCUGGAAUCACACCUCAGGGCAGCUGAGGUCCUCUACUCUCUGACCUUGGCCAACAUUCAGAAGUACGGCCAGCCUAAAAAUUACCCUGCAGUGGAUAAUUACAAGUUAAUGACAGAAGCCAGACGCAAUCUAGGUCUCUUUCAACAUCAUGAUGCCAUCACGGGCACGGGCAAAGACUGGGUGGUUGUGGACUAUGGAACCAGGUUGUUUCACUCAAUUCUGAAUGUAAAGCGAGUGAUUGUGAGCUCAGCUCACUGGUUGGUGCUCAAGGACAAACAAACAUACUACCAUGAUCCUUCAAAUCCCGUCCUUCAGAUGGAUGAUGUCCAGCCAUCCCAGGAUACAUUACCUCGCAAAAUAAUUUUUGAAGUUCACGAAAAACCAAGGUUGUUGGUGGUCUUCAACCCGACAGAGCAAGCCAGGAUGUCCAUGGUCACAGUAUAUGUGACGAGUCCUAAAGUGCGCGUGCUGGAUGCUCUGGGUCAUGUGGUCCGUGCUCAAGUCAGCGCGGUGUGGAAUGAUGUCAGUCAUGCUGCUGCCGACGUCUUCCAGUUGUCGUUUGUGGCUCAAGCUGCUCCUCUGGGACUGAGCGUGUACCAGCUGAUGGAAGGAAUGGAGCCAAGGACAGAAGCUGCUAAGUACAUGUUUCUUCAGGAUGGCAUGCAGAUUUCAAACAUUGAACUGGAGCAUUUCCGACAGUUCUACCAACAAGAUGCGGCUUUUGUGCACAUUGAAAAUCUUCACCUGAAGCUCUCCGUCUCCACAGCUACAGGUCUUUUAGAGAAAAUGAAGUUGAAGGAGGAUGACUCGGAGCACCUGCUCAAGGUGGAGUUUGUUUGGUACGGCACCACCAGCAAUAAAGACAAGAGCGGCGCCUACCUGUUCCUGCCUGACAAAGAAGCAACAAUUUACUCUCCCUCUCAACCGCCGGUGGUUCGAGUCACUAAAGGGCCGCUGUUUUCUGAAGUCACCACUACCUUCACGCACAUCACACACACUCUCCGACUCUACAACAUCCAGGGUGUAGAGGGUCAGUCUGUUGAGAUCUAUAACACUGUAGAUAUAAGAGGCGAAACCAACCGUGAAAUUGCAAUGAGGAUAACCUCAGAUCUGAACAGCAAAGAUCGAUUCUUUACUGACCUCAAUGGCUACCAGGUGCAGCCCAGGAAAACCAUGGCUAAGCUCCCCCUGCAGGCAAACUUCUACCCCAUGACCAGCAUGGUCUACCUGCAGGACUCCAGCGCCAGACUCUCUCUGCUCACUGCACAGUCACUCGGAGCGGCCAGCCUUAAGAGUGGUCAGCUGGAGGUGAUCCUGGACCGCAGGCUCAAUCAGGAUGAUAAUCGAGGUUUAGGUCAGGGAGUGCUGGACAAUAAGAUCACUGCCAACUCCUUCCGCCUGCUGCUGGAGAAGAGGAGCUCUGCGGAGGAGGCCCAGAAUGAGGAGCAUGCACCAUAUAGCUAUCCGUCUAUAUUGAGUCACAUGUCGUUCAUGUACCUGAACCAUCCCUUCAUCUCAAUGGCAGUCAGUCAGCGCUCAGAAAACCCAUCCUUGACUGCCUACAGUCCUCUGAGUGCCUCCUUCCCCUGUGAGAUGCAUCUGGUUAACCUGCGUGCUAUCCAGUCAAAGGAGGAAGGGGGAGGUCCAUCCGAGCAAGCUGCUCUGAUACUGCACAGAAAAGGCUUUGACUGUGGCUUCUCCAAUCGGAACACUGCCCUACUGUGUUCCACCACACGUGGCAAGGUUCAUUUAGAGAAGCUCCUGACAGAUUUGAAGCUGAAAAGCAUCACUCCUGUAUCGCUGUCUCUGAUGCACACACUCAAUAGUGAUGCCGACCCCCAGGAGAUCAGCCUUAAACCCAUGGAAAUCAGGACUUACCGCCUGCAGCUGAGCUAAGCUGCAGUCACAUCAGCUCACGUCCUCCGUGUUUUACACUUGAGAGCCGUGAGGUUGUUGCCUUCAGCCAAGGACUCGGUAAACGAAUGUUGACAGAAACCUUCAGGUUCACUGCAAAGCGCAAUAUGAAAUCUCCAAGAUUUCCCAACCAGCUCUCUCAGGUUAUUUAACAUAACGUGACGCUUC